AUGGCGGGAUGUGUAUUUGGUACCUCUACGACUCAAUAUUGGAGCUCAGAGACUCCUUAUUGGAGAACAGAGACCCAGGAUUGGAACGUAGACUCCCAGACUCUCGUGCCUCAAGCUACGUACUGGAUCAGAUUCUAUGUGGAUGUGGGAUACAGGGGAGACAGGCUCUUCCUUGAGAACCGGCAGACUGGUGUUUGCUACAAUCUUCCUAACAACUGGAAUGAUCGAGCCAGCUCUAUCCAAGUCUCUGAUGGGCGUUCCUGUCAAUACUGGAGGGAUGCCGGUUGCACUGGAAGUUCCUUUGGGGGGAAUGACCAGGACUGGACGAGCCUGCCCCGUGGCUUCAAUGACCAGAUCACGUCCUGGCGCUGUUCUUGA